CAUCCCAAUACACCAGCAGGGGAAAACUUAUAACCCUGCCAGCCUGGGUGUUGCCUUCACUGAACCUCUGGGUUUCAAGGCAGCCGGAGUGAGUACAAGAAAGCUCCUUCCACAAAAGACCUCUUUCGCCAAGACUUCUCUUCCUUUGAGGUACCCCUGCAGUGAAGAGCCAAGAUGUUGGUGCUACUGGCUGGUAUUUUUGUGAUCCAUAUCGCCACCACGAUCAUGCUGUUUGUCUCCACCAUUGCCAAUGUUUGGAUGGCAGGCAAGAAUAACACGGUAACAAACUCAUCUGGUCUCUGGCUUCAAUGUGCAAAUGACCAGUGCAGAGAGCUUACCUUUCCCGAGAGUGAGCAAUCGGCCCUCAAGGCUGUACAGGCUUUCAUGAUUCUUGCCAUCAUCUUCUCCUUUGUCUCUCUGGUCAUGUUUGUGGUCCAGCUCUUCACUAUGGAGAAAGGAAAACGCUUCUAUAUCACUGGAGGGAUAAAGCUAAUUUGUUGGCUCUUCAUUCUGAUUGCCGUCUCAAUUUACACUGCCCGAUUCCCACAGUAUUUUAAAGGAGAGCAAGACCACCACGGCUACUCCUUCAUCCUUGCUUGGAUCUGCUUUUGCUUUAGCUUCAUCACCGGGGUUCUGUAUCUUGUACUUAGAAAGAAAUGAGGGCCAUAGGGGUAGCUUGGGAGGGAGGACUGGAAAAUUGGGAGGGCUUGUGGGAGGGAUAUGAAGGUCACUUUUUCUAUGAGAACUAUUUGCCAAAAGAAUUGAAUCCACAUGCUGCUCACCUAACAUUCCCAGCCAUAGAACAGAAUCCACCACAGAGAGAAAGAGAAGCUGCUGAAAAUAUCAUCAUGGAUCUCUGAGACAAUGAAAAUGCUUGAAGAACAAUUCUAAACAUCCAAAGACCAUCUCUUUUUUAUACUGUGAUACGAGUCUUCCAUCUUAAAGGACUUUGAACCUCUGCCUCCCUGUUUGCAAAAAAGCUAGAAAUGACAUCAGAGUUCUUGGCUUUCCUUCCCUAAACCUUCUGCAGUGAUGAUACAUCUGCUGCUCCUGUGCUUUGCUGCUCAUUCCCACUCAUUUACGGAAGGUGUUGUGAGAGGAUACAUGAGAAUGCCAGAUACUCUAAUUAAAUGACAGCACAGAGCCUUAGUUACAUGUUCUUGAAAAAUGGAAGUCAUGAAAUGUGAAAGCAGACUGACUGAAGUGAGGCCAAAUUCCAACAUUAAAGCACAACUACAAGCUUUUAUAGUUCCAUCACUGUCUUAAGUGCUUUUAAAAAUAUACAAAAAAAGAGGUAGUCCUCCUCCUGUGGAAGACUUUAGAAGGAAAAUAGCCAUUGGGAAGUAAUGAGGGAAGGUGAACAGGGGUGGCAGAUGAUGGAAGUUGUGGGGGGAACAGUCCAGCUAUGAAGAAGAGAGCCCUUAGUGGUUGGAAAAAUGCCAUCAAGGUGUGUGUCAUUCAUUACAGCUUAUUGUACCAAUUUGACACAACUGCACUACAAAGAACAUAUGGAGUCCUCCAUGAUAGCAUUGGAUUGUUAGGUCUGUAAUGUCUGCAUUCUACAAACCAUCAGACUGAAAAGGAUAUUUCUAAUCAGAUCAGCUUUGGCUCAUGGGACCUUCCUUCUCACUACCAAAUUAGAUUUCCCUUGCUAAUAUCGCUGGAAAAUACCAAGUCAGAAUCAUCCAAACCAUAGUCUUUCUAUGUAUGGUUGUGAGGCUUGGACAAUGAAAAAUAUUACAAGAAAAAAAUAAUUAAGUCAUUGAAAUGUGGUGCUGGAGAAGAGAUCUUUGGAUACCAAAGACCAUUAAAUAUACAAAUAAAUAGGUCCUAGAGCAAAAUAAACCUGAACUUUUGCCACAAGCCAAGAUGACUAAAUUCAGGCUGUCCUAGUCUAGAUGUAUCAUAAUUCAUUGGAAAAAAGUAGAAUGCUUGCUAAAAUGGAAGGCAAUAAGAAAAAAGACAAAGGUAGCAGUUCAUGUGCACUGAUUCAAUAUAGGAAGCCACGGCUCUGGUUUGCAAGACCUGAGCAGGCCAGUUGGUGAAUGGAGCUCCUGAAGGUGUCUCAUUCAUAGGUUUGCCAUCAAUCUAAGUUGACUUGAUGGCAAAUAAAAACAAAUAUAUGAGUAAUAGACAAUAUAUAAUUGUUGAAAAAGAUGAGUUGGGUUUUUUGGAUGGGUGGGGUGUUGUAAAAUACCAGAUCUUGCAUUGACUGUAGUAUCACUUUUAUAUUUCCCUCCCAAAUGUCCUAAAAUUUUAGAAACUGUAGCUGGACCAGAGCUCCUGGGACAGGAUUUUGCUUGGCUAGGUUUUCUUCCAUAGGAGCUGUCUGCUUUUAGUGCCUUUUCUUAACCACCUUCUCCACAUGCUUUCAUUUCAUAUAUUACAUCUCUCAUGGGUCUAGAAGCCCAACUAAUUAAAUUUUACAGACAGUAGGCCAAGCAGGAAGUGACUGUAUGGAGAUGGAAAGAAUUACUAUGUCAUAGUUAUUGUUUGCACUGGGAUUUUCAGCCCAUGUAUUUCUGCCAUUUAGAUCAGUUACAAUAAUGAGUGGAAACAAUGAAUGGCAAGAGGCAAAUGCUUUCUCUGCUCUGCUCUACUCAUGCAAAAGGGGAGACAAAUUCAGGACUGCAAGUUUAGUAUAAACAGUAUUCUCUUUCUUUGUCUUCUUGUUACAUUCUUUUUCCAUGUAUACUUUUGUAAUUGGGUGGAUAUGUUCUGCUAUUAUACUUGCCGUUUCUCUACGUUUAUUUCAUGUGCAGUCAUUGUAAAUAUUUUGAUACAAGUGUGCCUAUAAGUAGGGAUAUCAAAAUAAAAUCCAGUUCCCUUUAUCAUA